AGUCAUGGCUUUCACUCUGGGCUGGCUGUUUCUGAUCUCGCUGGCCAGCAGCUCCCUCGCCCAGUGGCCACCUCAACUGAUUGGACCACCCAAUGGACAGUAUCCCCCUCUUCCCAUCGGAACCUUAGCUCCGCCGCCAACUCUGACCCAGGACCUGGAGCCGAUCCAACUAUUAGUGCAGUGGAAGCAGCUGAAGCAACUGGCGGUGCGUUACCUCAUUAACGAUGCCCAGUUCCAGGCCUUUGUCCGGAUUAUCAACAGCAACGACGCCGUCACAGCCCGCUGGCGUCUGCUUUCCCAGCCGGAGCUCAUCCUCUUCCUGCAGUGGGUGGACCAGCAACUUCUCGCCUCUGGUGGCGGCUGGGAAAUGGAGGAACAGGAGCUGAAAGUGCCACUGUUGAAUCGCUUUCCCUAUUGGUCUGGCACGGUCUACGGCUGGCAAGGAUUCCUGAACGAGGCGCAGCUAUAUGUACCCAUAUACGCCAUUCGAGCACACAUCGAUGCGAAACUUAUGCAGCCGGGCAUCUUCUCCCAGUUCUGGUCCAGAGUCCAGGGCCUUCGGGUCGUCUACGAUCGCUGGGUGGCUUCGGCGGAAGUUACCCGCUUACUGACCCAGCUUCAGAACGCUGGCAUUGACACUGUCCAGUUGGACGUUGGAAUUCGUCAGUUCUUUGGAUGGAAUGUCGUAAACAUAACCACCACACCCGCUCCAGCAUCUCUCCCUGCUCCAACCCGAAUCCCGGGUGCAGUAGUGCCCCCCAAUAACUCCAACACAGUGACGGUUUAGGGGACUCAGCUAAUGCACAGUGAUGGGAAAGACACAUGGUCUGGGACAUGGUCAAAGGAGACACCUAGGCAUUGUAAAUAUUAUACAAUUUUAAAUGGAAUUUAAAAUAUAUUACAAAUCGUAUGUGUAUAAAGGGGCAGGAAACUAAA